AAGGCGGCCAUCCGCACCCAGCCCGCCGACGUGCUGCAGUGGUCCGCGGGAUAUUUUUCAGCUUUGUCAAGAGGAGAUCCACUUCCUGUAAAGGAAAGGAUUGAGAUGCCUGUGGCAACCCAGAAAACAGACACAGGCCUGACUCAAGGACUCCUUAAAGUUUUGCACAAGCAGUCGAUAAACACCGCCAUGAAGCACCUUUGCGAGAUCCUCACCACGGAUCCGGAGGGCGGGCCUGCCCAUAUCCCAUUUGAGACUUUUUCCUACGUCUACGAAUACUUGGCUGGAUUAGACUCGGACAUUCCUCCCGCGGAGACGGAGUCCUAUCUUGCUACCUUAAAAGAAAACGUAAUAUCAAGGAAGAAUGGCCUCAUAGGACUUUCAGAUUUCUUUGUUCCAAAGAGGAAAAUUUAGAAAACCUCGAAAAGAAAACUCUGAAGACAUAGGUCAUUAAUGCAGAGAAAAACAAAUUUUAAUGUUGAAUUAAUGCUUUUUAAAAUCUUGGCACCAAAUACAAAUUGUCUUUAACCACAUACA